GUGGAUCAACAAUGGAGGUCGCCAUCAUCUUCACUUCAUCUCUUUUCUGAUGAGAACAACCCCUAAAAAUGGAAAAACACAUUCAGAUCUUCUUAAGAAAGGUCUCAUACUUAGCAAUUACCAUAGCCACACUCACUCUACUGCUCGUCUUCCUCUUCCAAACCCCACCAGAAACCUGCAUCGAUCCCAAAACCAACCCUCAUCACAAACCCCAUCCCAAAUCCUCCUGUGACGCCGCUCAUCGCCCAAUCACCACCAUUGACAAGAAAAACCACCGUCUCUGGUCCACCAACGCCUGGCGGAAAUCCGUCGAUUCAUUCUCCGCCAUCUUCCAUUAUCUCCAAACCCUCAAACACCUCUCUAAUCACACACAGGCCCUCGUCCUCUCCGCCGGUGGUGGUCAGGCCGUCAUGUCGCUUAAGGAGAUCGGAUUACAUGAGGUCACCGGUGUUGAAUUAGUUGAUUCUCCUCCGUUGGUGAGUAGGGCAGAUCCGCAUAAUUUGCCCUUUUUCGAUGGGGUUUUCAAUUUAGGGUUCAGUGCGCAUUUGGAUCAGGCAUUGUUUCCAUCGCGGUAUGCUAGGGAGCUGGAGAGGACUGUUAGUGUUGGAGGCACAUGUGUUGUGUGUGUGGAGGAGUGUGGAAAUGAUGAGGUGAAGGAAGUUAUGAAAUUGUUUAGGAAAUCAGAGUUUUCUCAAGCGAGAAACAUAACAUUGAUGGGAUCAAAAAUGACAAUGAUCAUCACCAGAAGAAUCAAAACACGUUCUUGAAGCUUUUUGGAGCUAAUUUACAUGUAAGUUCACUGUAAAUUAUGCUUUGAUCAUCACAUUAUUUGUUGUAUAUGAUUUCCAAUGUCUAUAUCACACCAACUAUAGUUGAGUUCUUGAUUGUUAUCAAGUUAGUCCUUAUUCAUUGCAAUUGUGUUCGUUUGAUUACCGUUUUCAUAGCUUCUCAUUGAUGGUAUCAUGAUCAUGGGAUUAACAAUCACUGUAGUUUUGAUCAACAUCAUGAUGUUAUAGCAACUGUAGAUGGUGAUUGUAGAUUGUUAACUAUUAGACCCUUCUAA